AUGGGAAUACCAUCAUUCUACCGAUGGCUAAUCGACAGAUAUCCACGUUCGGUUGUUGAAGUGAUAGAAGAUUCUCUGUCAUUUGUUAAUGGUGUCAAGGUCCCUGUGGAUACCACGAAGCCGAAUCCCAAUGGCUUUGAAUUCGACAAUCUCUACCUUGACAUGAAUGGCAUUAUCCAUCCCUGCUUCCAUCCAGAAGACAUGAAAAUGCCGGAAACUUAUGAUGAAGUAUUCAGGGCGGUAUUUAAGUACCUUGAUCGAAUUUUUACUGUGAUUAGGCCACGAAAACUUCUUUACAUGGCAAUCGAUGGUGUUGCACCGAGGGCUAAGAUGAAUCAGCAGCGAGCAAGACGAUUCAGAGCUGCUACAGAAAUAACCGAUGAAACUUCUCAAAUGGAGAAACCGAGAGGAGACCUUGAACUGGAAGGAAAUAACAUGGGAAAGCAAAAGCUCGAUUCAAAUGUAAUAACGCCUGGAACCGAAUUCAUGGAAUUGUUGUCUGAUGCGCUUCAGUAUUAUAUACAUUGGAGGACGAACCACGAUCCUGGUUGGCAAACAAUCAAGGUAAUCCUUUCGGAUGCUAGUGUGCCUGGUGAAGGUGAACACAAGAUAAUGUCUUAUAUCCGCUUACAACGAAAUCUUCCAGGAUUUGAUCCAAAUACCCGACAUUGUCUGUAUGGAUUGGAUGCAGAUUUAAUCAUGCUUGCUUUGGCUACCCACGAAGUGCACUUCUCAGUUUUAAGAGAGUCUGACGUUCAGAAAGCACCAGAUAAUCACAAAGGUCCAAAAUGGAAGACUGAUGGAAGUGGUGAGGGUCUUGAUGACUUCAUAUCAAGACAGAAGUUUCAGUUUCUCAAUGUAUGGGUACUCAGAGAAUAUCUGGAGGAAAGCCUGAGAAUACCAGAUCCAUCCAUCGAAGUAAACCUCGAGCGAUUGAUAGAUGAUUUUGUUUUCAUGUGUCUAUUUAUUGGAAAUGACUUUCUACCUCAUGUGCCAUCAUUGGAGAUACAAGAGGGGGCCAUCGAUUUGCUCAUAACUGUCUACAAGAAUGAAUUUGUUCGAAUGGGUGGCUAUCUUACUGAUUCUUUUGAGGUCAAUCUGGAACGAGUGGAGCACUUUGUACGAGCCAUUGGUACCCAUGAGAAUGCCAUCUUUAGGAAACGAAGACGGGAGCAAAUGAGAUGGAAGAUGCACGCAGGACGAGCUCCAGCCAAUGGCAAUUCUGGUGGAAAAGGGAUUCAGAUAUUUCCGGUUGACGUAAAUGCCAAGACCAGAUUUGUGGAAGACAAGGUCAAUCUAGGAGAAGAGGGUUGGAAGGAGAGAUACUAUACGGAAAAAUUUAAAGCUUUAACUGAUGAUGACCAUCAGAGAGUUAAAAGACAUGCUGUCUUGAAAUAUGUUGAAGGGAUUUGUUGGUUCAUGCGUUAUUACUACCAAGGAGUAUGCUCCUGGCAAUGGUUUUAUCCUUAUCACUAUGCUCCAUUUGCUUCUGACUUCCACAAUCUUAGUGAGCUAGAAGUCAAUUUUACACUCGGAAAACCCUUUAAGCCCUUCAACCAAUUAAUGGGUGUCCUGCCUGCUGCAAGUGCACAUGCACUUCCUUUGUUCUACAGGAAAUUGAUGAAAGAUCCAUCAUCGCCUAUUUUGGAUUUUUAUCCUACUGAUUUUGAGCUCGACAUGAAUGGGAAAAGGCGUGCUUGGAAGGCUGUUUGUAGAUUACCAUUUAUUGACGAAUGUCGUCUUCUUGCUGAGAUUGCAAAAGUGGAACAUACAUUAACGGACGAAGAAAAGAGGAGAAACAGUUUGGGUAUGGAUAAACUGUAUGUUCAUGUCUCGCAUCCUUUAGCCUCAAAGAUCUUGACCUUCUAUGAACGGAAUAAAGACAAUCUAAAGUUGUCUAAAGCUAAAGUAAGGAGGAAAAUCAACCCUAAACUAAGUGGUGGAAUGAAUGGAUAUGUGUAUCUUUCCAAUAAGCCCAUUUGUCCAUCAGUGAUUUCUUCUCCUUGUUGUGACAUGGAGAUGAUCAUGGAGAACAAAGUUAUAUCCGUCUUCUAUAAAUUUCCUUCUUUUCAUCCUCACAUGUCUAAACCACCUGAUGGAGUCAUAAUGCCUGGAAAGUUCGUCAGCAGGCACAACGAUUUACCUCCACCCAUGCUGUGGCAUGAGAAGACUACUGUUCAGAGAAGAUUUUCUAGAAGGCCCAUUCCUCCCAAGUCUGUUGCGGGUCCUCGUCUGGCAAUAUUGGCCCAUCAACUCGUAUCAGGAAACUAUGUCAGCAAGCAGUGUGAAGAUAUGGGUGGCAAAGAUGGAGAUCAUGGCAAACUCGGGAAAAGGAGUUGUCAUGCUCCCGAUGACAACAAAAAGAAGAAGAAGAAGAAGAAGAAGCAUAAUAAAAGGAGAAAAUUGAACAAAUCCUAG